AUGUUUAAAAUACGUAGAGCAAAGGAUGGGGAGCCAACUGCUCCAGGGCAGGUGAAAAUUAAAAAGAGGUCAAAGGUGCCUGGAGUUAUGAUCACCCAGUAUGUGGAAGAACUACCUGAAGGCAUGACCACCCCAGAUUUUACUCGGAAACCUAUUGCUCUAACUAUUCAAGAAGGAAAAGUGGCUAUCUUCAAAGCAGUUGUUAUUGGCAACCCAACACCGACUGUGACCUGGGUGAGAAAUGACGGCGUUAUGGAUGAAGAAAAGUACACAACAGUCUAUGAUGCCAGUUCUGGUGAAUGCCAACUACAGAUGCCUGAUGUAGCGCCGGAUCAAGCUGACACCUACAAGUGUUUUGCCAGAAAUGAAUAUGGAAAAGCGGUUGUAACUGCUGCGCUUAAUAUUAUCGAGGUUGGUUAUAAGAAGAGCAGAGCCAUGCAAGAAUCAAGAACAGCGGUCAGAGAGACACCUGAGGACUUCAAAAAGGCCUUAAAAAAUAAGGUUGACAUUGAGGCGAAAGAAGUUAAAAAACCCGAAAUUGAUGAAAAGUUUUGGGAACUGUUGAUGAGUGCCGACAAGAAAGAUUAUGAGAGCAUCUGCGCCCAGUAUGGUGUCACUGAUUUUCGUAGAAUGCUUAAGAAACUAAGUGAGAGGAAGAUCGAAAGGGAGCAAGAGCAAGAAAGGGUUGUUGAAAGGCUUUGCAACCUGAAGCCCAUUGAAUUGAAAGCUGAUGGUGAUGCAGAGUUUGAACUUGAAAUGUCCCUAAAAGACCCUACCAGCAAAAUCUUCUUAUUCAAGGAUGGAGUUAUGAUUCCUUUUGAAGCGGACACAGAUGUAAAACAUGGCCUGAAGCAGGUGGGAAAGAAGUUUGUGUUUAGCAUCAAUGGUGUUGACCCAGACGAUGCAGGGUUAUACCAAGUGGAGGUUGAUGGAGUUAAGAUCUUCUCGACCGACUUCAAACUUCCCCCUGUGGACUUCUUGGUCAAGAUUGAAGACGUGAAAGCAGAGGAAAGAGAGGACGCUUUGUUUGAGUGUGUCCUCUCACAGCCCCUGAAAAAGAUUAAUUGGAAGGGAAAGAAUAACCCACUAGAGCAAGGGGAAAAAUAUGACAUUACUGUCUCAGAGGACAUGCUGAUUCACUCGUUGUUGGUGAAGGACUGCCGGCUUUUGGACAAAGGAAUUUAUGCGGCUGUGACUGGACUUAACUCCUGCAAUGCCUGGCUUGUAGUGGAAGCUGACAGUGAUCCAAACUCACAAGGAAAGAAGAAAGCUCGCAAAACAACCAGAGCAGGUGGUGGUGGAGCCGAUCUUUUGAAGAUUGCUGAGGAGCAACAGGCUAAGAUACUGUUAGAGAGAGAGAAGUUGAUUGCAAAGGCAAAGGCCGACAUGGAAGCCGCGGCUGCAGCAGCUGCUGCCGCUGCAGCUGAGAAAGCAAAGGCAGACGCCGAAGCUAAAGCAAAAGCACUAGCGGAGAGGAAAAAAGCAAAGGCAGAGACAAAGACAAAGACAAAGAAAAAGGCAGAGGUGAAGGCCGGCGAGGGCGAUGGCGCUGAUGAAGCCGAGGAGGAAGAGGAUGGAGAAGAGGAAGAAGAUGUACAGGAGAAAGAAAUGUCCGAAACAAAGGAGGGAGAGGAUCCUGCUGAUGAAGAGGAGCCAGCUCAAGAGAAAAGAAAGAGAGUGAGAGCAGGCCCACUUGUCCCGGAUACAGUCAUUGACCCAGGAGUAUACUUCACCGGCGGACUGUCAGAUGUAACCGCAAUCAUUGGUACCGAUGCAGAACUGGUCUGCAAGCUGAGCAGUGAGGACUGUGAAGGAGUCUGGUACAAAGAUGGGAAAGAGGUAACAGAAUCAGAAGAUAUCUGUAUUGUUAAAGAUGGGAUUUAUCGCAAACUAAUUAUCAAGAACUGCAAAGAAGAUGAUUCUGGAAAGUACCGCUGUGAAGCUGAUGGCCGUAAAACAGAAGCUGCGCUAAGUGUGGAAGAUCCUCCAAGAAUUAACCCUGAUGACCUCAUCGAGUUUGUAAAACCUGUCACAAUCAAAACCGGGAAAGAUGCGGCCUUCAAGCUGUCAUUUGUGGGCCGGGAACCGAUGAAGAUCCAGUGGUAUAAUGAGGGCGAAGAGCUCUUAGAGGACGCCCGUACCAGAAUAGAGAAGUCUUCUUCAGACAGCCGCCUGGUGCUUAUUAAGUGUCCACGCAAAAUCACAGGAGAAAUUAAGAUUAAGAUUAAAAAUGAAUGUGGAACCAUUGAGGCCAUCACGCAGCUUGUUGUUUUAGAUAGACCAACACCACCCCUAGGCCCGGUUGAUAUUAUUGAAAGCUCUUCAGCUUGUAUUGACUUCAAAUGGAGGACUCCCAAAGACAAUGGAGGUUCCCCUAUCACAGACUACAUCCUGGAGCGCCAGCAAAUUGGCCGAAACAGCUGGAAGAAAUUAGGCAAGAUUGGCCCAGAGCCCAAAUACAGGGAUGCUGAUGUAGAUCAUGGCAGAAAGUACUGCUACCACAUCAAGGCGGAAUCUGAUCAAGGCGUCAGUGAAAUGAUGGAGACAGAUGACAUUCAGGCAGGGACAAAAGCAUACCCUGGAGCUCCCACUACACUCAAAAUUGUUAGUGCUUUCAAAGACUGCAUCAAUCUUGCUUGGUCCGCACCCACUAAUACUGGAGGAACAAACAUUUUGGGAUACAACAUCGAGAAACGCAAGCAUGGUAGUAAUCUGUGGAGCCUUGUCAACCCUCCCAAUGAGCCCAUCAAAGGGAAACAGCAUGCAGUGAAAGAUGUUGUUGAAGGCAUUCAGUACGAGUUCCGUGUAUCAGCCAUCAACAUUUCUGGUGCUGGAGAGCCAAGUUCGCCUUCUGAAUUUGUGUUUGCAAGAGAUCCAAAGAAGCCCCCUGGUAAAGUUAUUGACUUGAGGGUGACAGACUCCACAUACUCCACCUUAUCACUGGGCUGGACCAAACCCACGGAGGAGGAAGGGGUCCAGGAUGAGGCCAAAGGAUACUUUGUGGAGCUCAGACCAGCAGAAAAUACAGAAUGGGACCGCUGUAACUCCACUGCUAGUAUUAUGACCUCCUAUACUAUUAUGGGUCUGAAGUCUAUGGCCAUGUACUGGGUUAGAGUUCUAGCCAGCAAUGAGGGUGGAGACGGGGAGCCUCAAGAGUUGGACAACUACAUCAUUGCAAUGCCUCCUCCAGUGAGACCUCAAUUUACUGACAAAAAAAUGAAGAACUUCAUCGUGCUGAAAGCUGGAGACUCCGCUCGAGUCAACUUCAACUUUCAGGCCUGUCCAAUACCAGUUAUCAAAUGGCUCAAGGACGGUCAUCCUGUCGCCAAGCAUGUGACAGUGAGCAACACAGACACGUCAUCUCAGCUAAUGAUCCCCGCAACCGAGCGCCAUGACACUGGGAUCUACACAAUCAUUGUCAAGAACCUUGUUGGUCAGGAGACCUCUAGUGUUGAGAUAAGAGUCACAGAUGAGCCCAAGCCUCCAGGCCCCGUGGAGCUGGAGGAGAACGUGUCGGGAACAGUGACGGUUUCCUGGACUCCUUCUCCAGAUGAGAAGAAAGACGACAGGCUGCACUACAUGAUCACCAAGCGAGACUCUGUUAAGCGUUCUUGGCAAACUGUGGCAGACCAUCUCUUCAAUAACAAGUUCACUCUCAUCAACAUCAUGCCGGGGAGGCAGUAUAAGUUCCGGGUCUACACCAGGAAUGACAUGGGGCUUUCCAAACCUUCUGAGUCCCCAAUCUGGGAAGUGAAGAGAAGAAAAGAAACAUUUUCUUUGACCCUUCCUGCCACUAAAAACUGCAGCUUCGAGACGUCUCCCGCAUUCUCUGUCCCGCUAAAAAUGCACAACAGUCCAGAGAGCUACGAGUGCUACAUGAGUUGUGCUGUGACAGGAAACCCCAAACCCCAUGUUACCUGGUACAGAAACAACAUCAGUCUCAACACCAACACUAACUACUACAUCACCAACACAUGUGGUGUCUGCUCCAUGGUGAUACUCAGAGUUGGGCCGAAGGACAGUGGGGACUACACGGUCAUUGCAGAAAACCCUCUGGGCAGAGAUGAGUGUUCAACUAAACUUGUUGUUAAAGAUUAG